AUGGAUUCGCAGAGGGAGUACAGCCCGGAGGUGUUUUCAGUGUCUGAGAUGAUGGAUGAGCUCAUCCAGAUAAAAUGCGACCACCCGCGCCGAAUCAUUCAGCACAACGAGGAGGACAAAAGGCCCAUGGUCCCAGCUUCGUGCGCCAAGUGCUGUGACUGUGUGAGGACGAUGGCGAAUCUCUUCCUGCAGACCUGCCCCCAUGGUUGGAACGAAGUCCGCCACCCCAUGGAUAUCGCAGACACGAUCACAUUUCGAUGGAAGGCCGCGCAGCUAGCUGAUCGCAUCGUCAAAGAGCUCAACCUCCCUAUCCCGAGCAACAAGAGUUGCAUCAUGUGGGACCCGUGUUAUUGGCGUUCUUCCGAGGCUGCGGACUGUUGGUAG